AUGGCUGACAGUGGAUCCGGAUCCUUGACUUCAUCGUCUGCAACUGGAUCAUGGCUCACACGGAUGUCACCCAGAGCCUUCGAGCUCCUGUGCAUUGUUAUGCUUGGCUUCGGACACUUGUGCAUCAUGACAGGAUGCGAUUCACAAGCUUUUAUUCUCGAAUCGGUGAUCCACUCGAUUCAUGAGAGAGAGCCAGGAAGAAUCAACUCGCAUGCAGGAUACUACGGACAAGCUACUUGCUAUCUGGCAUUUGUGAUUACCUGUUUGGUGUCUCCAUCCUUCUUGUACGCCACUAGCGCUAAGACGACCCUGUUCAUUGCGUCAGUAUGCUUCACAUCCUUCCCACUUGGAUUCCUCUACACCAAUCAAUACUAUUACUUCUUCUCAGCAGCACUCAAUGGCGUUGGAUUUGCAUUAUACUACACAGGAAACGGUGGAUAUUUGACUUCCCACUCCACUAGAAAAACCAUCGAGUCCAAUGUAUCCAUCUCCUGGGCCAUCGGAUCUAGUUGCAUGAUUGUUGGAGCUGGAAUUAUCGCCCUUAUCACCUACUUCACAGCUGGAGCUGGAGCAUCCUCUGGUGCAGCCUCCCUGGCUAUGGACAUUGCUAACGGCACAGCGAAUACCACAUCCCAACACUUUGAGAGACGAUUCAGUAACACUGAGAUAUACCUUCUCUUCUCGGUGUUUGCUGCUAUCUCCUUUAUCGGAAACGUCACUUUCCUCCUCAUGCCAUCCAGCGAUAUUGACAACUGCAUCGAGUCUUCCAAGAAAAUCGUCGCAUUCCGAGAUGGCAUCAGUUUGAUGUACCGCGCGUUCCGCUCUCCAAAAAUGAUUAUUCUGAUUCCUACAUUCAUUCUAACCGGAGUUCACACCUCAUUCUGGGUUUCCAUCUACCCAACCACCCUCACCUUCAACUCCCAUUUGGCUAGUAUGAUCUACCUCCCAGCCAUCUACAGUUUAGGUGUUGGGCUUGGAGAAACCAUUAUGGGAUUGCUCAUCUCGUUCUGUAGCAAGCGCAUCAAGAAUUUUGGAAUGCGACCAACAAUGUUCAUCGGUUGCUUCUUGACAUGCCUAUACUGUGCUUUGAUUGUUGUCUCCACUCCACCAACUGCUCCACAGGCGCCAACAUCUGAAAAGCCUUUGUGGUUCCAGCCAACAAGAACAUUGGUAUUCAUCAUUGCCUUGAUUGGUGGAAUGUCAGAUUGCUGCUUGUGUAGUGUUCGAUCGGUUAUUUGUGCUCUUGCCAUGCCAACCAGAAGAGAUCAAGCGUUCUCGGUUUCCAAAUUCUAUCAAUCAAUCGGAACCUGUGUGAUCUUCUUCAUCUCACCAUUCCUCAACAUUUACUACUACACAAUUGGAAUUCCGAUCCUUUGUGUCAUCGCCAGUUUCUGUUUCUUCUUUGAGACUCGACGCAUCAAACGAAUGGAGAAAUCGCUGACCAAUAUGGAAUUGGAUCAGCAACAACAAAGAAAGAAGUCUAGCAAAUACGAGACGCUGGAUGAGGAAUUCUAG